CGACUUGGCUUCCCACGAAAAAACUUCCCUCUCGGAGGCUUCUCUUUCUUCGAUUCACCUUCCGUGUCUCUCUUCCUCGUUCCUUCCAUCUUCCUGUAAGGCUAUAAUCCUGGGUUUCUCCCGCUUUCGUUGAUCUCCAUAUUCCGAUUGUUCUGGGUCCUUUCCGGUAUCUCCGGUCGAACGAGUGUAGGAUUUUUGAAAUUUCCUCUACAUUUCUUUGUGAUCUCAGCGAUUUUUCAUUGUUCCAAGGAUUUUCUUUUUCUUGGUUUCGGGACAUGCGACCUUGCUCCGACCCGCUGCAUUUGUAGUUUUGUACUUCACAGAGUGAUCGUCCUUUCCGAUAUCGUUCUCUUUUUUUCAUUGUGCAAUUUGUCGCAGUGGCCCUGCGAUUUAGGCAUAUUUGCUGGCGGGAAGAAAAGGAAAGGGACUUUUCGCAGUCGAAAUGACGGUCUUGGAUGCAGAUUGUGUGAUGCAAGAUAUAAUUGAUGCCGUGCCCUGCUCUCCGGAAGAUGAGAAGUCGAUAGUCAAGGAACUGUGGGAUGCAGCAGAGUUGAACGAAAAAGCGGGGGAUGCGUAUUACGUCGUUUCGAGCAGAUGGUGGAGGUCUUGGAAAGCGUAUGUUGAACCAGAAGAAGGCUGUGUUUCUGCGGAUCCUAACUCUACUCUCGUGCAGGGCAGUAGGGAAUCCAUUUCCAAAGGAUGCAGGCCUGGAAGGAUAGAUAAUGCUGAUCUGGUCUUGGACGGAACUGAUGGAAGUGUUGGGUUGCAACUUCGUACUGGCUUACAGGAAGUCGAUGACUAUGAAUUGGUGCCUGAACAAGUAUGGAAUCGACUCUUAGAAUGGUAUGGAGGAGGACCAUCUUUCUCCAGGAUGCUCAUUUCUCAGGGUUUGUCGACGAAGGAUCUUGUAGUAGAAGUUUAUCCAUUGUGUCUUCAACUAGUUGUUGCUCAUACAGGGGAUGUAUCUGUUGUUCAAAUCAGCAGAAAGGGUACCGUAGGACAGCUUUAUGAUCAGGUUUCUGAGCUUCUCAAGUUGGAUCCUGAGAAGAUGCGCAUAUGGGAUUAUUUCAACAAGAAUAAAAAUGUACUGUUGACGACACAAAAUCAAACUCUAGAGGACUACCAAUUGCUGACGGAUCAAGAUAUUCUUGUUGAGGUAGAGAUUGAUGGGGCUUGGCCUAGUGACAUUGUUAAAUCAAAUUAUGGGAUGGGUUCAUCCAAUAAUGAACUAGCUCUAGUACCAGUGGAGCCUUCAAGGUCAUCUUUUUCAAUUGCAGGAGGACCUUCUGUAUGUAAUGGGCACUCCACUGAAUUUGUUUCAGGCUCCUUGAACGGUAGUAUGAACCUAGUAGAAAGAGAUUCUGAAGCUGGAUAUGAUGGUUUAAGCACUGGAGGUUAUUCUGGGUUGACGGGUUUGCAGAACCUUGGAAACACUUGCUUUAUGAACAGUGCCCUUCAGUGUUUAGUGCAUACACCACCACUUGUGGAGUUCUUUCUGCGGGACUAUGGCAACGAGAUAAACAAAGAGAAUCCUUUGGGAAUGAAUGGUGAGCUAGCAUUAGCAUUUGGUGAGCUACUGAGAAAACUGUGGUCUUCCUGCCAGACUCCAAUUGCUCCACGUGCAUUCAAAGAACUUCUGGCUUUUCUUUUGGAUGGACUGCAUGAAGAUCUUAAUCGCGUGAAGCUGAAACCUUAUAUUGAAAGUAAGGAACCAAAUGGUCGGCCAGAUGAGGAAGUUGCAGCUGAGUACUGGGCAAACCACAAGGCUCGGAAUGACUCCAUUAUUGUAGAUUUUUGCCAAGGCCAAUACAAGUCAACAUUGGUCUGUCCAGUUUGCAGCAAAGUUUCAGUAACUUUUGAUCCCUUUAUGUACUUGUCACUGCCAUUGCCUGCGAUUGCGACUCGUUCUAUGACAGUUACUGUAUUCUGCGGGGACGGAAGUGAACCUCCCAUGCCUUUCACUGUAAAUGUGCAAAAGCAGGGUCACUGUAGGAAUCUUACUCAAGAAUUGAGUAUUGCAUGCUGUUUGGGUGCAGAUGAGUGUCUAUUGCUUGUGGAGGUUUAUAACCAUCGGAUAUACAGAUAUUUGGACAAUCCAUAUGAACCACUAUCAGCAAUCAAAGAUGAUGACCGUAUUGUAGCCUACAGGCUUCCUUCAAAGCAUGAGAAACUGUUGAGGCUAGAGUUGCUUCAUCAGAGAAGUGAUGUGUAUUUUGAUAUUCACAAAAGUCAGUGGAAACCAUUUGGAACACCACUUAUCACUUGCUUGCCAGAGGGUGCUCAUACUGUUGCUGAUAUUCAAGAAGCAGUCAGGACUGUGAUUGCUCCAUUGUGCAGAAAAAAAUCCUUCCCUUCUCCAGAUGGAAUUAAAGCCUCGAAAGAUGAUAGUCCAAGGGAUGGAGAAAACGACUUCUUAAUGGAGAAUUAUGACUCUGACAUGGGAGCAGAAAACUGUUCUACAUCAAGUGGCAAUGGCAAGUCGUCAUUUCAGCUGUUGCUUAUAGAUGAUAGGGGUUUGAAUAAAUCUCUGGACUGUGAUGCACUUGUUAUCUUGAAUACAUCAACCAGGAUUCAAAUUACUGUGCGUUGGUCUGACCAGAAUGAAGACUUAUACGACACCAGUUUGCUUGAAAAUCUGCCUGACGUCUCCAAAUCAGGUUUUGUCAUGAAAAAGAUAUGGCAGGAGGGUGUCACCCUAUUUUCAUGCUUGGAUACAUUCUUGAAGGAGGAGCCUCUGAGUCCUGAUGACAUGUGGUAUUGCCCGAGCUGUAAGGAGCAUAGACAAGCAACUAAGAAGUUGGACUUAUGGAGAUUACCGGAAAUUCUUGUUGUUCACUUGAAGAGGUUCUCAUACAGUCGGUAUUUCAAGAACAAACUUGAUACGUUCGUCAACUUCCCUGUUUGCAAUCUUGACUUGACGAAGUAUGUGAAACGGAAGGGCAUGCCUGAGUCAUACAUGUAUGAGCUAUACGCAGUUAGUAACCAUUAUGGUGGCAUGGGUGGUGGUCAUUAUACAGCAUAUGUGAAGCUCGAUGAAGGGAACAAAUGGUAUAGCUUUGACGACAGCCAUGUUUCUCCAGCUAGCACAGAUGAAGUUAGGACUUCUGCUGCUUAUGUGCUGUUCUAUAGACGGCUCAGAGAAGAUGCAGUUGCAGGUGAAAGUCAGGAGCAAAAUUCAACUGAACGACCAAAAUGAUCGAAACCUUUUCAUUGGGCAUCGGUAUUGGCCUUCUCAUUGAAGCUUGAACUGACGGUGCGAGUAUUCUUUUGCCAUUUUGGAGACCCCCUAGCGUUCCCUCCCUGGUCAUCAUCUAUAGUGAGGAAACAGUGUUCCUGGCAAAAUUUGGGAGUACCACACUGCUAAAGCGCGAGGCCAGCAUGGCCAAGACAUGGAAUUUUCAUGUUCGAUGGGGGGGAAUAAACGAUGGCAACGGAGAACUGGGACAGAUUGGGCUGGUUUAUACGCGGUUUCUAAAUUUUGCUCUGAAUGAUAUUAUAUUUUUUAAAGAUCCUUUCGGUGGUGGGCUGGGAGUCAUUUGGCGGUUAAAUAGUGAAUUGGCUCUCACUAUUAUGUGAGCAAUUUUGGGUAAUUGUUUUAGGCUGGAGGGUGUUUGGGGUUGGGGCCACAAACUGGAUGAACACCCUGAAGUUUUGCUAAUCACUGUCAGUGUAUUUUGAACAUGCUUGAAGAAGGAAAAAGUGAACACCCUGAAGUUUUGCUAAUCA